CUCAAACUGUCCGUCAGCCUUUCCUGCGCGUCUCUGUGCUUCUCUUGUGUCGCAAUGAUACUUUGCCCCUCUUGAUCUCUCCCUCAAUUACAUAACCUGUCGCGUCAGGCCCUCCACGAGCUCCUCAGUCCACAUAUUUGAUUCCGACCGGAAGUUGUCUGUGUGCGGAACCACCUCGACUCUCCACGUUUACGCCACAUAUUCGCAAUUAUGCCACAACCGCUGCCCAGCAAGGAGCAGACGCUCUUUCGCUCUGUUGUCAAAUUCUACGAGGGCAAGCAGUACAAGAAGGGCGUUAAGGCGGCAGAACAGAUUCUGCGAAAGCAUCCCAAUCAUGGCGACACACAAGCGAUGAAAGCCCUCAUCCUCAAUUCGCAAGGCCAAGGCGAUGAAGCCUUCACUCUCUGCAAGCUUGCCCUCAAGAACGACAUGAAGUCGCACAUCUGUUGGCACGUUUACGGUCUACUAUGGCGUUCGGUCAAGAACUACGAGGAGGCAAUCAAGGCAUACAAGUUCGCGCUGCGGAUAGAGCCCAACUCGAUCAACAUUCUCCGCGACCUGGCCCUGCUCCAAUGCCAAAUUCGUGACUACGACGGAUACGUUGAGAGCAGGAAGAAGAUGGUGCUGGAUCGGCCGCAACUGAGGCAGAAUUGGACUGCCUUGGCUGUCGCAUACCACCUCGCUGGGAAUCUCUCCGAAGCAGAGAACACUCUGGAAAAGUACGAAGGCACGCUCAAGCAGACGCCUCCUAAGACCGACCUCGAGCACUCAGAAGCCACGCUGUACAAGAACACAGUAAUAGCCGAAUCUGGGGACAAGGAACGGGCGCUGAAGCAUCUGGAUGAAAUACUGAAGAGCAACCUGGAUCGCAGCGCUGCACUAGAACUGAGGGCAAAAUACUUGCUUGAUCUCGGGCGGAACGAGGAGGCUGAGAAGGCUUACCGCACGCUUCUGGAAAGGAACAGCGAGUACCGCGCGAACUUUGAUGGACUGGAAAAAGCGCUUGGCAUAAGCCAGGCCAACGAGGCAGAUACCGAGAAGCUGAAGGAACUGUACGAGUCGUACGCCAGCAAGAACCCCCGCAACGAUGCCGCCAGACGGAUACCGCUGGACUUUCUGAAAGGAGACGCCUUCAAGACUGCAGCAGACGAGUAUCUGCGAUGGAAGUUGAACAAAGGGGUGCCUUCGACCUUCCCCAACAUCAAGGCGCUAUACACCGACUCCGAAAAGAAGGCCAUCAUAGAGGAGCUCGUGCUUGGGUAUGCCACCGAUCUAAAGUCAAACGGCUCGGCGGAGGGAGAGACCAACGGCGCCGACUCAGAUCGUUUCAAGCAGUCUGUGUUGUACUUUUUGGCUCAGCACUACAACUUUGUUCGGAGUCGCGAUCUCAAGAAAGCGAUGGAAUACAUAGAUCAGCUGAUCGAAUUGGACCCCAAGUCUGUGGAUUAUCAUCAGACGAAAGCCCGGAUAUACAAGCACACUGGCGACGUUCAAAAAGCCGCGGAGAUUGUCGACUUUGCUCGAGGGCUCGAAAAGGGGGAUCGCUACAUUAACACCAAGUGCGCAAAGUACCAGCUUCGCAACAACGAGAACGAGAAGGCGCUGGAUACGAUGAGCAAGUUCACCCGCAACGAAACGGUCGGCGGACCUCUUGGGGAUCUCCAUGAGAUGCAGUGCAUGUGGUACUUGCUUGAAGACGGAGAGGCGUAUCUACGGCAGCAAAAGCUUGGCCUAGCCCUCAAACGAUUUACCGCAAUAGCUGACAUCUUCGACGUGUGGUAUGAGGACCAGUUUGAUUUCCACAGCUUUUCGAUACGGAAAGGGCAGAUUCGCGCGUACAUUGACAUGAUUCGAUGGGAAGACCAGCUACGUAGCCAUCCGUUCUUUACACGGGCAGCCACUCAAGCGAUCAAACUCUACUUGAGACUGGCGGACGAUCCUCGUCUGUCUAACCCAGGCCAGGCCGACCUCGAUAAGCUCGAUCCCACAGAACGAAAGAAGGCGGAAAAGAAGGCAAAGAAGGAGAGGGAGAGGAUUGAGAAAGUCGAGGCGGAGAAGAAGGCUGCGGCCGCUGCGAAAGCGACUGCCAAGGGCGAGGAUGGAGAGACUAAGAAGGAAGACACAGAUCCGGCCGGCGCGAAGCUGCUCCAAACUAAGGACCCCUUGGAGGCGACUUUGAGAUUCCUGAAGCCCAUGCUCGAGCUGGCGCCACUGAAUAUCGAGGCCCAGAACGUGGGCUUCGAAGUGUACCUGAGGAAGAAGAACUACCUCCUCGCGAUGAAAUGUCUGCAGGCGGCGCGAGAGAUUGACCCUGAGAACCCGAAGCUGCACGAGCAGAGCGUGCGCUUCCGUCAAGCGGUCAAAUCUCUCUCGGACCUCCCAGCGCAGACCUCGGAUGCAAUCAAAGAGUCAUUCACCACACCAGCAGCAGACGCAGAUCUCAAGACCUUCAACGACGAGUUCGCCCAGAAGCACGCCCAGAGCGCACCACACCUCCAGUCGGCAUACAACACGCGUUAUGUUCUCGACAACAGCACGAAAGGCCAGAACGAGAGCGAUCUGAAGGAGACGCUGGGGCUGGACGGGGUCACGAUAGAGCAGGCACAGGCGGGGUUGGCGCUGUUGGAGGAGUGGAAGAGCGAGGAGAGUGUGAAGGAUGAUUACAGGGCGAAGGCGGCGGAGCGCUGGAGCGAGGCUACCGUGUUUAAGAAGUGAGGGCCGGCCUGUAUAUUCGACGCCCGAUCUAUGAAUGGGUAGUGCACAAAAGUUGAAAAUGGAAGUACUUGUACCUAUGUUGUAACGUAACGGCUCAGACAUGUGACGGAUGGUGUGAAGACAAAC